AUCAAUUAUUUAUUUUUAAAUUUAUUUUACAGACUAGACUUAAUAUGGUAGUUACUAGUAACACAGAGGAGAGUACAAAACAAAAAAGUGUGUGUAGCUCCCCUCCGCCAAGAUGUUCACCUCCACCCUCAAUGAACUCAUUCACUAUUCCUAAGCGAACAGGGCUUAAAGAACUCUUACAACCUACAUCUCUGGAUAGUCGAGAGUGUAAAGAGGUUAUAAAUGCGUUUCAUAAUUCUUUAUGGGAUCCUCAGUCUUAUACAUUUGAGUUCAAAAGCUGUCAUUUAGUUAACAAUGAAAAGUUGGAAGAAGAGUUCAAGACAAAAAGAAAGGAAAUGGGUAAAGAAAUUAAAACUGGGUUUGCCUACUUGCGUUUAAAUAAUCAAGAGGAGGCCAAAGCUAUUUGUGAAAAUGGCUUAUCAACAAUAAGUGCACAUAAUUCUACUACAGGUUUGAUUGGAGACCAUAGAUAUGGUGUAUACUUGUGUCGGUGUGGUGAUAUCAUAAGUCGUAGAGCUGCUAUUGAUGAUUAUCCACAGUCUACAGUUAUUGUGUUUAAAGUAUUGAUGGGACGUCUGCGGUUGGUAGAUGAUCAAAAAAAUAGCGAAGAUCAGUUUGAACCAACUCCUGAUUUUGAUGGUCAUAUCUCUAAAGGUUUCCAAAGAGGAAAAAAAAGAAUUUUGUCUGAAACAUUUGAAUCUUCUCAGAUAUACUUUUAUGAAAUAAAUCUCGACAAUAUAAGCAAUGAUGAUGAUGCAGCAAUUUAUUCAAAGCGACCACGCCAAUGCUUGCCUUACGCAGUCUUGACAUUUGAAGCCAAACGAAAACUAAAAGCUACUGUUAUGACCCCUGUUAGACUUUUCCGCAGUGACUCUAAUACCAAUCAGAAUCAAACUUUUGAUGGUGUUCAAACUACAGAGAACCCUUUUGAAAACUUUAAGAAUAUUAAAUACAUUUGGUCUGGUAGUUGCUACUUAAAAGAGCAUUUUCUUGCUGAUGUACAACUUGGCAUGUAUAAUGAAAAGCAAUCACAAUUAUCUCCGUUACCAGUAUCUGCAAAUCUGUGUGUUUCCCAAAAGAUUACAUUUGAAAAAUUAGCACGUAUUCUACCUUCACGAAUAUUUAGAAAAAAACCUUGUGAAAGUCAACAGCCAGCAUCUAUUGUUGAAGGUUUUCAUUUUCUUCACACUGAGCUAUACCCUAUUUAUCAGUAUGAAACUAAAGUAAACAGUUUUCAUCGCCAACUGCAGUUAAAGAAGGAGGCUGGAGUAUGCACCUUAAACUCAGGAAUGAAACUUUAUAUUCUUCCUACUUCAGAUUUCACAGAUUCACUGGGUAUUACAAGUCCUAUUUAUCCAGCAGUUCUUCAUUGUUUAUUUAUGCAAUAUAAAUCAGUGGAACCUGCUACCUCUAAAACUGAUUAUGAAUACUUCAUUAAACAAAGUGCAGCAAUUUUACGUGACAGAGCAAGUGAAAAUGAAGAAUUAAAAUUUUUAAACAAUAUACAAAAUAUUGCAACAGUUAAAAAUCUUCAAUGGUCGUAUAAACUCGAAGAUCGUAUUAAAGUUUGUCGUUUGUUAUCACUUAUUACAAAAGUCAGUGUUAACCCAACAAAUGAGGUUACUAAGCAUGAUUUAUCUAAAAUCCCAGAUACAUUACACAAUGGGGUUGAUAAAAAUGAAAUCAAUCACGUGUCUUCUAACCAUUUAAAUCAGGUUUCUAAUGCAUCUGAAUUAAAUAUAAACUCUGAAAUACAGUUAAAUAAAUACAGUAGGCUAAAUAGUUCUGAUAAUGAUUCUGUAUGUAGCGACGAUCUUAUACUGGAUGUUGAAGAUGCUUGUUGUGAUGAUCCAAUUUGCAAAGAUCAUUUGCGAUCUAAACCUAAACUUUUUAAAGGUCAUAAAAUAAGCGUAGAGGAAGAUGACUAUAAAGAUGCUUCUACAGACAAAAGUAUUUUAUUUGAGGUAACAGAUUCUGUAACAGGUGAACAGUUAUCAAUUAGUGGUCACACAAAGAAUUUAGAAAGUAUACAGCAAAGUUCUCUUAAUAACAUUAGUAAAUUACAAUUAACAGAUAAUCAAGGUUGUUCAACUUCUAUAGUCUCUAAUAAUGAGAUAAAUUCUCAUUUUUUUACAAAUAACAAUAAAAAUAUAUUUCCUAACAAUAUUAUACAUACAGAAAUUGAUACAUACAGUAAUAAAAACAUAAAUGAACUUCAAAAUAAACUGAAUGACAGACCAGAUCUUGUUGUAAAUAAUACUAACGUAGAUGAAAAUCAUACUGAUAUACAAAUGGUUGAAAUGAGUAUCGUUGAUGAAUAUGUUGCUGAACCUGAAGAUGAUCCAAAGUCAAAUGAAUCAGAAACUGACAAGAAAUUAAUUAAAGUAAAUGAGUCUAGUUUACCCCCCUCUAUAAAAAGUCUGUCUUCAAAUGAUUAUCAAAGUCUAAUGAAUGUGAAAAUUGAUUGGCAAGAAUCAAAAAGAGAUAGCUUUUCAAUGUCGGUUCAGAGUCCUCCGAAUUCCUCAAAAGUUUCAAAGUUUAAUUAUAAUCAAAGUUCUAAAAACGGGAAACAAGAAAAAUGGUCAAGUUUACAAAGAGACCAACGUCCACAACACUACUCAUUGACCGUUGAUCAAAAGGAUUUUCGAAGUUCUCGAUUUCGAUUUAAAAAAGACGAUUAUCAUCAAGACUUCAGUUCAAAUAGUUUUUCGAGAAGUAGAUCGCGAAGUCCUCGAAACGAAAAAUCUUAUUCGCAUUCAUUAAAGAAAGAAAUAAAUAGCAAAAAACCUGAAAGUCAGUUAGUCAGAAAUCAAUCUAGUAAGAAUAUUUCUGUUGAAAGUUCGUACAAAGCCCCUAGGGUAAUAGAAAGAGAUCUUGCUAUGCAUAAAUGCUUCACGAGUUCAGACGAAGAGAAGAUAGAUUUUCGGUGCGUAGAAACUCAAUCACAAUCCACAAUAAAAACAUCGCAAUUACAAACGUCAAUAAAGACGUCACAAUCAAAACCGACAAUAAAGCAAAAAAAGAUCGACGUUACAUCAUCGUUUGAUAAAGAAACUACGAAGAAGAAUCACAUAAACGAGUCGAACCAAAGCACUGUAAUUACGAAAUAUCAAAAUGGCUUAAUGAAUACUGGCUGUGAUGCACCCGAAUAUCAAAAUAACGUUAUGAAUAGUAGCAAUGGUAAUAACGAAAAUAAUCUCGUGAUCUCCAAACGACUUUGUUCUAAUUUCAGUAAACAAAAGUUAUUGAAUUCAGAACAAAGUCAUGUCAGUAAAGAAUUCAAAUCUAAGAAAGAAUUCGAAUCGGAAAAACAACAUAUUUCUUCAAAAACGAUUGCUACGCCAUUUGUAGGCUCUGUCAGAUCUGCAGAAACAAAAUCUGAUUCUUCCGUAUAUAAAUCUCUUGACUAUUGGGGGACGCAUUUGAAACACGAAAAAUUAGACAAACUUACGGAAAUGUUUUUAUCAAAAAUUAUUGCAAAACUAGGCGAAUAGUUUUUUUUUUAAUUUGUUUACCUAUUAUUUGU